AUGUCAACAUUCGCAUUUGAUGAUGUGUUGGCGACAUUUAUCAUUCCAUUUGACAGAUUCAGCUUCCAAAGGCUUGAACAUCCAAUUGUUCUCAGUGGUCUCAUUUUAACAUUUAUAGGUUUGCUUAUUGGAUUAUUAAUCAUAUUGAUUAAGAAACUACAUUCUACAUCCAUAAGGAACAGUAUCUUCAUGGUUAUAACGUUGAUAAUUAUGAUUAUUGGUGUUGGAUUACUAAAUUCACCUACAAAAUGGAAUUGGAAUCAUUCUCUUGAUUGUCGGGGCGGCACUUCCCAACUAUAUUGUACUAGGUGUAGCCUGGAUUUGUUGGUGCUGUGCAAUGUUGAUUGUGAUUGUAGACGCAGCAUAUUAUUUGGAUAG